CGAAUACACAAAUAACAGCACUGCGCAAUAUUUGUCAAGUAAUUGAAAGUAAUGUCGUGUCCAUAUUUAAGGUGCAAAUGCAAAGCAAAACAAAAAUAUAUAUCGCAAAAAUAAAAAGUCUUAAAAGCAUUAUUUUGCGUUAAUGCCGAAUUUAGUGCACGACAAAGAACAGAUAACAAUUUAUUAAAAAUUAUUUAACACAAUGUCCGCAGUAAACAAGUUAAAGGACGGGAAAGAUGUAAAGUCCGAACCGAAGGAUGCGGCCUCAAAGCCCUUACUGGGUGCAACUCAGCAGCUGGAUGCUGAGAAAGAGAAACCUUUGUCUACAGAAUCAGCAACAGAAAAGGGCAAUGAGCGGGAACUAACUACCAAGGAAGCAUAUUUUGCCAGUCUCAACGAAUGGGUGAAACAUGCUAAUAUCUCACAGAAUGCAAUGGCGCUUUUCCCUUGGUAUUUAAUUAAUAGCUAUCCGCAAAUAUUCCAAAAUCAACAAGGUAUACCAUACGGCGGUCUUGGUAGCGCCAUACCACCUGUAAAUGCGCAAAUGCCCGGUAGUGGUGUAGGCAAUUUGAACGCAGCCGACGCCAAUGGACUUGGAGGACGUGGAAGAGUUAUAUUUCAGUAUCGUAUAAUGAGCGAUCAAAUGCAAGCUGAGCUCAUUCAACGCACAGGUGGUUAUGAGUAUGUUAUUGCACCCUUCUGGAAGCGUGUAGUUGCAGAGAUAAUCGAUAUGUUGAUAUUGCUGGUGCUGAAAAUCGUGAUCACAUUUACUAUAAUGAAUUUAUUUGAUUUGGACUUGGGUUUCGAUAUUGAUAAGGAGGUACUGCGAAAAGCCCUUGAAGAUGAUGAUUACGCCAGCUUUCUGGGGGUAUCUAUGGAUUUUCUAGCAUUUUCUUCAGACCUUCUAAUGCUUGAACUGUUAACGAAAAUAAUAGUUUGUUUCUAUGAGGCCAUAUGGACAGCGGCUUAUAAUGGCGCUACACCAGGAAAAGCGGCAAUGAAUUUACGCAUACAGUACGUAGAAGCAGUUUAUCCCUUGCAACCACCAGUGGAUGUACAACCACAGCUACCGCCAUUAGCACGCCGAUUUCAAGGUUUCCAAGCUCAACGUGUGCCAGUUACUGCACUGCUUUUCCCAGCUGAAGUGCCAACAUUCCAACGCGCUUUCUUGCGUGCCGUAUCGAAGAACUUGAUAAUGACCCUAUUUUUCCCAAUGUGCUUUAUUAUUAUUUUCUUCAAAAAUAAUCGUACGGCCUAUGAUAUAGUCACCAAGACGAUAGUAGUGGAGGCAAAUCCAAAUCCUGUACUACGACGCCCACCUCCGCAACAAUGAACAACAUCCUCAAUCUAGUUAAUUCCAUAGGGUUUGGUUUUUUUUGUUUGAGGUGUUAUCGAUGUUUUUAUUGAUUGUUCUUUACAUCUAUUUAUUUCCAUAUCCUUUCAAAUGUAAAAACAGAGUUUGAGUAAAUAAAAUUUUCAUAUAUGUAA